GCCGUAAAAUGCUCGCAAUCUCGACAUAUCUAGUACAACCUACCUUUGAAGUUGUUCUUCACCAAUAAACAUACCUUGUAUCACGCUCUAGAUCCAGGAACUGCUUACUGCAUGGUCGCGCCAUUGAACGCAAUCUUCCUGCAAUGUACUUCAGUUUUGCGAUGACGUCGACCUGUAGACAUAUCGCAUGCUAGUGGUGUUUUCCGGACGCUUAUCUCUAGCAAUGUCAUAAAAGGACCACUGAAGCAGCUAGCUUUACAACAAGUCUCUCGCUGUUAAGAUGGCACCCUCCGUGGCAGAGCUCUCCAAGACCGAAGAAAUCAGUACCCCCAAGAAAUCCACCAUCAAACAGACAAUUUCACCUGGAGCCAGCUAUCCCUUCUAUCUACCUUACUGGGACAGCGACGAGAAAUUCCCUCCAACCCAGGUCUUCGAGCACAUCGACCCCGGGUCCCGUGCUGACCGUGCCAAACCUCAUCUUCUUAACCCCAACACGAGUACCAAGACCCUCAGUCCAUACAUCGGAACGGAGGUCACGGGCAUUCAGAUCUCGGAACUGACGAAGGAGGGUCUUGAUGAGCUUGCUCUAUUCACAGCUGAGCGCAAGCUCCUUCUCUUCCGCGACCAGGACUUCAAAGACCUCACGCCAGAGCGCCAGAUUGAAAUCGCCAAUCACUUUGGUCCGAUUCAGAGACACCCUACGUCAGGAAAUGUAAAGGGUUAUCCAGAAUUUCACGUCGUCUACAGAGACGCCGACAAUGACCGAUUCCUUGAAUACUUCGGAGAAGACCGUAUCAGCAAAACGAGCUGGCACUCUGAUAUUUCGUAUGAGCGCCAACCGCCCGGUACCACAUUCUUCUUCAUUCUAGAUCAGCCCGAAAGUGGCGGAGACACCCUCUUCACGUCUCAAGUCGAAGCGUAUAAUCGUCUGUCUCCGGAGUUUAAGAAACGACUUGAAGGUCUUCGGGCUGUGCACACAGCCGUGCCCCAAGCUGAAUAUUCCCGAAAGCAAGGAGGACCCGUCCGUCGGGAACCAGUAGAGAACGAGCAUCCCCUCGUCCGGGAACACCCAGUAACAGGAGAGAAAGCUCUGUACGUAAACCAAGGAUUCACCAAGCGUAUCGUGGGGUACAAAGCGGAGGAAUCUGAGUAUCUACUCAAGUUCCUCUUUGAUCAUAUCGCAAAGGGCUCUGAUUUCCAAGUAAGGGCGACGUAUAAGCCUGGAACGGUCGUCGUUUGGGAUAACCGACUCACUGUUCACUCAGCGACAGUCGAUUUUGAUAAUAUCCACAGGAGGCACGCAGUCAGGCUUACUCCUCAAGCUGAGGUGCCUAUCCCUGCCUGAAAUGAAAAUAGGAAUAUAUUACAUGAAUGUACCGUCGUACAAAACAAUGUAUUCGUACAGUUGUCUUCAUUCAGUCUAGAUUCUACAGGUUUUAGUCAUCUUCAGAACAGCAUUUGUAAAGUGUACGCAGAGAGAGCGGUCAUCGAAAGGAACAUCAAGAUGUAUUGCGGGAUUAGGAAAGCAGACAAGUGUUCUGCACUUCCGGUUCCGCUGUAUACCUGUGUUACAAAUACCUAUCACGGAGAUCAGCCGAGAUAAGUGCGCAAA